AUGGAUGUGUCUUAUAAGAAGUGUGCUGAUCCAUCAAACUCGGGCCUGCCCAGCGCUGUUGAUGCUGAGCAAUCUGACAAUGGCAGCUCUGAACAUUUGGGAUCUUCUGUAGUAAAGGGAGCUACUGGAAAUGAAGGUUAUUCAGGCAUCGAAAGUUCUGAGCAGACCGAUGAUGAGUGUGCUGGAGAUGAAGGCUCUCUUGUUAAUGUUGAAAAUAGUGCUGAUAAACAAGAGAACCAGGAGAAGAUUCCAAUGGAAGAAACAACAAUGAGUGAUGGCACCUCAAUUACAUCGAUGGAAGAUGCGCUGGAACCGAAUAAUGAUCUCCCAUCAGAGCCUGAAGAUAUGAGCAACCACACUCCUUACCCAUCAAAUGGCAAGUCCUCCAAUCGAAAUAGCAACGUAUUCCAAAGUGCAAAGAGGGUGUUGACUUCGACGAAGAAGAAAACUCCAACUGCAACUACACGGAAGCCACUACAAUCUACUAACAGAGGUAAUCAGGAUGAUGUGAAAUCAUCAGUUGGAAAGGCCACGGUUCCAUCAGGCCCAGUUUUCCGUUGUACUGAACGUGCUGAAAAACGCAGAGAUUUUUAUAUGAAGUUGGAGGUGAAGCAUCAAGCUAUGGAGGAAGAGAAGAUUCAGUUGGAGGCUAAGUUGAAGAAAGAGCAGGAGGAGGCUCUGAAGCAGCUUCGGAAGAGCCUGACCUUCAAGGCCAACCCCAUGCCAAGCUUCUACCACGAGGCGACGCCGUCCCCGAAGGCCGAAUUCAAGAAGCUGCCCACGACCCGGCCCAAGUCGCCGAAGCUGGGCAGGAGGAAGACGACGACGACGGCGACCUCCAUGGAGACGUCCAACUCCUCGUCGGAGAGCGAGGGCACCACGAGGCCGUGCUGCCGCGCCAGCCGCGACGGCCUCGACAGCAACUGCAACUGCAGCGGCGGCAGAAGCAAGGCGCAGCAGGCCACCAACGCCGCCAAGCCGGCCGGGCCCAAGAAGCAGCAGCCGAAGCACCGCGCCCACAAGAUCGCCGGCGAGGGCGCCAUCAACAUCGCCGUGCACUAG